UAAUAUAGUUCUCUUGAGAUUUGGCCUUUCCUUUUUGUGUGUGUAGUUGCAUCCUUUUUGUAGAAAAUGGAUGGAUCAGGUGGUGUGGAAUCGAUUCUACGAAAUUACAAGCUCGGGAGAGUUCUCGGUAUCGGCUCCUUUGGUAAGGUAAAGAAAGCUGAGCAUACUUUGACAGGACAUAAUGUUGCCAUCAAGAUCAUCAGUCGUCGCAAAAUCAAGAACAUGGAGAUGGAGGAAAAAGUGAGGAGAGAGAUCAAAAUCAUGAGUCUCUUUAUGCAUCCUCACAUCAUCCGUCUCUAUGAGGUCAUAGAGACUACCACAGAUAUUUAUCUUGUCAUGGAGUAUGUGAACUCUGGUGAGCUAUUUGACUAUAUCGUACAGAAGGGUAGACUACAGGAGGACGAGGCCAGAAAGUUUUUUCAGCAGAUAAUAUCGGGAGUGGAGUAUUGCCAUCGGAAUAUGGUAGUUCACAGAGACCUUAAGCCUGAAAACUUGCUUUUAGAAUCCAAAUGCAAUGUAAAGAUUGCUGAUUUUGGCCUGAGCAACGUUAUGCGAGAUGGCCAUUUUUUGAAGACAAGCUGUGGAAGUCCAAACUACGCUGCUCCAGAGGUCAUUUCGGGUAAAUUAUAUGCUGGCCCUGAAGUAGACGUAUGGAGCUGUGGUGUGAUACUCUAUGCUCUUCUUUGUGGGACUCUUCCGUUCGAUGAUGAGAACCUUCCCCACCUUUAUAAGAAGAUAAAGGGAGGGAUAUAUACACUACCUAGCCAUCUAUCAGCUGGUGCAAGAGAUUUGAUCCCCAAGAUGCUCGUGGUCGACCCCAUGAAAAGAGCAACCAUCGCUGAGAUUCGGCAACACCAUUGGUUCCAACCUCAUCUUCCAAGGUAUUUAGCUGUUCCUCCUCCAGAUACGGCGCAGCAGGCCAAGAAGAUUAAUGAGGAGAUUCUGCAAGAAGUUAUCAAUGUGGGAUUUGACAGAAACCACCUCAUUGAAUCUCUCCGCAACCGGAUUCAGAAUGAUGGCACUGUGACAUACUAUCUGAUCCUGGACAACCGGUUCCGUGGCUCUGGUGGUUAUCUCAGGGCCGGGUUUCAAGAGACUAUGUCCUUGAAUGUUAAAAUUAAUCAGGAUGGUACUUCGCGUAUGCAUCCAGCAGAAAGCGUAGCUUCACACGUUAGGCUUCCAGGACUAAUGGAACUCCAAGGAGCUGGCUUGAGAUCUCAGUACCCUGUUGAGAGAAAUUGGGCUCUUGGACUUCAGUCUAGGGCUCAUCCGCGUGAAAUAAUGACAGAGGUCCAGAAAGCCCUGCAAGAGUUGAAUGUGUGUUGGAAGAAGAUAGGGCCCUACAACAUCAAGUGCAGAUGGGUUCCUAACAACGCUGAUGGAAUGCUCAGUAACUCGAUGCGCGAUAACAGCCACUUUGGAGAUGACUCCAGCAUGGGCGCAGCUGUUAAGCCUCCUAAUGUUGUCAAGUUUGAAACUCAGUUGUAUAAAACUCAGGACGGCAAGUAUCUGCUGGAUCUUCAGAGGGUACAUGGAGCUCAGUUUUUGUUCUUGGAACUAUGUGCUGCUUUUCUUACUCAGCUCCGAGUCCUCUGAAUAAUCGAAAACCGGAUCACUUUUAAGAAUAUUCCGCACUUCCGUCAUUAAUAGUGUAAUACUCAGCUUUGUACAUAAUUUGUAGCUUUUAAGUUUUACUACUUCUAAAACAUCUUUUUUGUAAACAAACAUUACAUUCUCAACGAAAAUCUUAAUAUAAUUAUAUAAUC